UAUAUAUAAGGUACUUACCUAGAGCUGUAAAUUUCAGUUAUACAAAAGCCACGAUUUUACAUCAUGGCUUACUUUUUAACAUGGUGUUCUUGUUAUUUCAUAGUUUUUACUAGUUUUUCUGUCUCAGGCGGUUUGUUAGGCGAUGUUUCAGAUACGGCUACAAAACCAGUUAGUUCUGCGUCAGAUACCGCGACUGCUUUACAAACAUUAAGCAAGCUCGGCACCUACAUCCCAGCUUAUCUGGAGGUGGCACAGAAGAUCGCAAGCAGCUUCGUCCCGGAGCCUCAGAGCAUCCCCUCCAUCAACCAGAGCCUGCAGUGGGGACCACGCAACAAAUAUGGGGACAGCAUCCGACCUUUCCAUGUUAGAUUUUCGGAUGAGAUGGUAAAAGACUUGUUAUAUCGCAUCAACCAUCGCCGUAAAAUAAGACCCUCACUGCAAGGGUCAGGCAACCACUAUGGACCAAACUCUGCGCUGGUGAAAAAAGUUUUGGACCACUGGAGUCAAAAAUACGAUUUCAAAGAACGCGCCAACAAACUAAACCGGCAUCCUCAAUACAUAACCAAUGUUAACGGCCUAGACAUCCACUACAUACACGUUAAGCCUUCAGGGAAUAAACGCGUUGUGCCAAUCCUGCUCAUUCACAGCGUAGAAUCCAACAGUCUGCAAUUCAGCAACUUAAUCGACCAUAUGAUUGGAAGUGGUGACGAUUUUGAAUUCGAAAUUAUUGCCGCUGAUAUGCCUGGCUUUGGCUAUUCACAGGCUACAAACAAACAGGGUCUCUACGAGUACCACAUCGCCGUCAUACUGAACAACUUGAUGCAAAGGCUCGGUCAUAGCCAGUACUUCCUACACGCUGAAGGAUGUGGUACUUUUGUCGCGUGUGCCAUGGGAGUCUUAUACCCUGACACUAUCCAGGGAUUCCACAGCGGUUUCCCCGUCAGCAUACUGCCAAAGACUCUGAUCAAAUACGGGUUAGGAGCAAUAUUCCCCAGUGCCUUUGGUAUUAGUGAGAAGGAUGAGAAGAAGAUGUAUCCUUUGUUUAAAAAGACAGUGUUGUUCUUGCUCAAGAACUUGUCGUAUUUGAUUGAGUACGCCACACGACCUGAUCAAGUCGGAAUUGGUCUGGACGAGUCUCCAACUGCGUUGGCCGCUUGGUUCAUACAAGUCUAUACAUUUGGCGCUAAUGGCCGCGGACAAAACUUGAACCCACCUGAUGGCAAUAUCUUCAAAAACUAUGAUAUCGAUGAUAUUUUGGACUAUUUGACGGUAGUUUGGGACCAACAGUCUGCCACGACUAGCGCGCGGUUUAUUAAGGAACUGGUGGACUUUAAGGAUGAAGUUAAUUUUGAUAUGUAUUUAUCACCUGACUAUGUCCCAUUCGUCGCCAACAAGAGAAACGAUGAUAUUCUCUUCGAAUCGAACGACUUAAUAAAAGAUAAAUUCCCCAAUUUGGUACAGUCUAAUACGAUCGAUGGUGGACAUUUUGCCGACAUAACGAACCCUGAAGGUGUGGCCGACUCUAUCAGAUCAGGAGUUGUUGCUAUGGAGAACUAUGAGGGCAGAAGUAAUAACAAACAAACACAUAAGAAGAAGAGACAUCAUCAUCAUAAUUCUGGUAAUGAAAAUAGUUCAGGCUAUAAUUCUGCUGAUGAAAAUAGGUCAAUCCUUCCUGCUAAUGAAAAUAUUUCAGGCCUACUCCGCAAGUAGUGGAAUAUAUUAUAGCGGCAUCGUGUGGCAUCAAAUAUGCACAGAGUAAAUAAUUAUAUCAUCAAAAUAU